GAGGGCGGGCUGUCCGCACACGGCCCGGUCGCUCCCUCCGCGCUGGGGCCCGCCCGCGGGGCCGGCCGCCUGUCAGAGGGAGGUGGCGAUGGUGCGCCCGGUGGCGGUGGCGUUUGCGGCGGCUUCCCUGGUCCAAGUGCAGGGUGGAGAAGAUGACUGACCGACCAACGGACUGAAUGAAUGAAUGGCGGAGCCGAGCGCGCCAUGAGGAGCCUGCCGAGCCUGGGCGGCCUCGCCCUGUUGUGCUGCGCCGCCGCCGCCGCCGCCGCCUCGGCAACCUCGGCAGGGAAUGUCACCGGUGGCGGCGGGGCCGCGGGGCAGGUGGACGCGUCGCCGGGCCCGGGGCUGGGGGUCGAGCCCAGUCAUCCUUUCUCUAAGGCCACGGCUGCCACUGCCCAGACCCCAAGGAUCGGACCCCAUCUCACUACAGUCCACCGACCUCUGGCUGCGUCCUCUUCAGCCCAGUCCCCGGAGACCACCCCUCCUCCGGCCACGGCCGGACCCACUCCGACCACCUUUCAGACGCCGCUCGACACCUCGCUGACCCCUCCUCCUGAGGUGGAACGUACGCCAACCACCCCUCGGGCGACAACCAGACCCGCGCCGACCACCGUCUCGACGACCACUGGCCCGGCGCCGACCACCCCUAUAGCGACCACGGUGUCGGCGCCCACCACUCCCCCGAUCCGGACCUCCGUUCUUCCCCCCGGCAACAGCAGCAGCGUCCCGCCCACCCCACCUGCCACAGAGGCCCUCUCUCCGCCUCCCCCAGAAUAUGUAUGUAACUGCUCUGUGGUUGGAAGCCUGGAUGUGAAUCACUGCAACCAGACCACGGGGCAGUGUGAGUGUCAGCCAGGUUAUCAGGGUCUUCACUGUGAAACCUGCAAGGAGGGUUUUCACCUGAAUCAUACUUCUGGGCUCUGUCUGCCAUGCAAUUGUAGUCCACAUGGCGCCCUCAGCGUACUUUGCAACAGUUCUGGGAAAUGUCGCUGCAAAGUGGGUGUCACUGGCUCUUCAUGUGAUCGAUGCCAAGAUGGAUAUUAUGACUUUAAUAAGAAUGGCUGCUUGCCCUGCCAGUGCAAUAAUCGGUCUGCCAGUUGUGAUGCCCUCACAGGUGCUUGUUUAAAUUGCCAGGACAACAGCAAAGGGGAUCACUGUGAAGAGUGCAAAGAAGGAUUUUAUCAGAGUCUGGAUGCCACUAAAGAAUGUCUUCGCUGCCCUUGUUCAGCAGUGACAUCUACAGGCAGUUGUAUCAUAGAAUUGGGUGAAUUGGAACCUAAAUGUGUCCAGUGUAAAGCUGGUUAUACAGGCCAGAACUGCAAUGAAUGUGAACAUGGCUAUUACAAUUCUGACAGCAUCUGUAUGGAGUGCCAGUGUCAUGGCCACGUGGACCCACGUAAAACGCCAGAGAUUUGUAAGCCUGACAGUGGUGAGUGUAUCGACUGCCUCCAUAACACCACUGGCUUUUGGUGUGAGAACUGCCUAGAAGGUUAUGUUCAAGACCUCCAGGGAAAUUGCAUCAAGAAAGAAGUUAUUGUUCCAACACCUGAAGGUUCUACCAUUUUGGUUUCCAAUGCCUCUUUGACCACAUCAGUGCCCACCCCCGUUAUAAAUAGUACUUUUACCCCCACAACCCUGCAGACUAUCUUUUCAGUAAGCUCUGCUGAAAACAGCACAUCAGCUUUGGCUGAUGUAUCAUGGACCCAGUUUAACAUCAUCAUUUUGACAGUCAUCAUCAUUGUGGUGGUGCUGCUGAUGGGAUUUGUGGGGGCUGUGUACAUGUACCGGGAGUACCAAAACCGGAAACUCAAUGCCCCCUUUUGGACCAUCGAGCUGAAAGAAGACAAUAUCAGUUUCAGCAGCUACCAUGACAGCAUUCCCAAUGCAGAUGUGUCAGGACUGUUGGAAGAUGAUGGCAAUGAAGUGGCUCCUAAUGGUCAACUGACCCUGACGACGCCAAUACAUAACUAUAAAGCCUGAGGAGCUAGAGCUGUUCUCCAGGAUUGUGAAACCACAGUGCUUACCAAGACAGCAUCGGCCCCUGGGCCAAACGCAGCCUGGGUAGAGCUGCUGAGAUGAGAAAGCAAAGGCAUAUAGAGCAUCUAAAUUUUCAGGUACGAGUUUGUAAUGUACUCAGCCUCUUACUCUUAGUUUUCCCAUGAAGAUUCAAAGCAGUCACUGUCAAUAAGGACUUUAAGUAAAGUAUAUUUUUGUACCAAACCACAUAAAAGGAGUAUAGACAGGCUGAACCUCAUAGUGCAGCCCAAAUCCACUUCAACCUCCAAACAGACUCCUGGGGACGUUUCACCAAACCAGCGGAAAAAGGAUGAUGGAUGUGGAGGGAAAAGACAGCCAGAAGACUUCAUCUCCAUUCCUGGAACACAUUUUUUUAAAGGAGGGCCAGGGAUCAUAUUCAUUUUAUUGUGCUGAAAGACAUCACUGAGGAAAAGCUGAUGUUUGGGCUGUAUCACAAUAAACAAUCUUGAUUAUUUCUAGAAUAGGGGCAGAACAGUCCCAAAGAAGACCUUUAGAAGGGUUUUUCCUUCCAGAAUUCUUGCUCAAUGAUAGAAUUAAAGCAAAAGAUAAGCUGCUGAUGGUACAGAGAGGAAGGCAGCAUCUGGGAGCAGGAGGCUGAUGGUCCUUAUUAGGGUCUCAGUGCAAAUGAUAGAUUGUCUAAAAAUAACGACUAAACCUGCUUCUAGAGAAAUAAGGUGUAUAUAGUUAAUGUAGAAUAUCUGGUCAGCGUUGUAUUUGUAUCUAUUUGUAAAAAAAAUCAUGUCAUAUUUUAUCAUCUAGAAUUUAUUUGUACAGCAGUUAAUGGCAUUGUAAAAAGAAAAUAUAGGGUUUAAAAUACUGUAAAAUAGAUGGCAAUAUUGCUAGAGCUGGGACUCUGGUGAGCAUCAGUCAUUUUUAGUCCCUCUUUGGACGUUGUUGAAAUUUAUAAGAGGUUGAAUGUUUCUAACUUUUCUUUCCCUUUUUUCAGUCUAAAAGUAGAGUUAUAUGUUCUUUGACUUCCUAUAGAUUCAAGCAAUAGAUUUUGAAGACAGUGAUUGUUAAGCUGGGACACAGGCUGCACUCUCCAAACUACCCAUCUAAUUAGACAUUAGCUACUCUAUGUAGUUUACAUAGGUUAGUGUAGACCAUAAUCUCAUUCAAUGUUUUUUAUGUAAAAGAUAGUCUUCCAAAGGAACUAGAAAUAUUUUAGUUCCAAAAGAAAAGCCAUCAUAUCACUUGGCAUCCCCUGCAAAAUACCCUACCUGUGAAAUAUUUAUAUUCUCUCCCCACCAAAAAAAAGUACCUCCUACAUUUGAACACAGCUGAUCACUCACAUCUUGUGAGGUGUGUAUAGCAUCUUGCAGUGCUAUAGUUCUCCCAUCUUCUUCUUACCUGGUUCCAGGGUAGCUCUGCAUUUGAGUGGGUAGAGUUUAGUCCUUGCUUUUAGACACAGUUUUUCCCUAGAGGCCAUCUCUACCUUUGCUCUCUUCUAAUUAAGAUAUCUACAGAUUAUAGAUUAAGCGAGCCAGGAAUAGCAGCUGGAAGUCAAAUACAGAUAUUUAUUAGGAGGAAGAGCAAACUGUCAAGAGGUCAGGAAAAAAAACAGCAAAGAUUUAGGCAUAGGAAAUCCAAGUUGAUAACUUUGCCUAACUUCCCCAGAGAAACACCUGGAAUUGGGUCAUCCCUCUGUGGUUGUUCUCAGGGUUCGGAGGUGAUGCUCUGGAGGAUGGAUGUACAGGCAGAUAAUCUGCUUCUAGUAGCUGGAGGUGCUCUGAAUAUUUGGCCAUUGCUCAUGAAGACAGAGAUUACAUUAUAUUAGUUAUAUUAAAAUUAGUUAAUAUUUCUAGAGCCCUCUGCAGUUUGAAAGCAUCUUUCUAUAUGUGCGUCCUUUGUUCUGCACCAUAGGCCCCUGGGGCGAUAAUUGUUGUCCCCAUUUUAUAGGUGAGGUUGAAUGUCUUGUUCAAGGCUACACCGUAUGUCAUUAUUAGGCUUGGAGUUAGGACUCCUAAUUGUUCUUUCAACUGUAUGCUCAUAUAGAAAUUCCCCAGCCUUAGACACAAGAAGGCUGGGAGGAAGAGUCCCAUCUAUGAAGGUUGCUAAUUUUUGUUAAGGACAAGGUACAAUCCAGGGCCAUACAGCUGUGAAGGACUUUGUGGAAAGAACACAGGAGGAUUACCUUCUGAAGCCAGUGUUGGUGAUAAGAAAAUAAAAAUGCCAGUUUGUGCUUCAUUAAAGUGAACUAAUCCUUCUAAGCAGAGAAUGAAAACCUGACUUCCCCAGCAGCUGCCACAUAUGCGUGUGUAGACUAUGCAAUACACAAUUCCAAGGAAUAGUGUAAAGUGACAUAGCGUCCCGUGCUUCUGCUGGUGGAAAUAAUUUUGCUCUAAAAUAUAAAUCAAUCUUGAAGUGAUCUACCACCAAAAUCAGACUAGGAAACCAGUAUGGAAUGCAUUACACAAUACUCCUUCCUCUAAAGGCAUGAUCUUCAUGAACCAUGGCAUUCAGCCCUAGGAUCCCAUAAGUCCUUCAGAAGGACUAAUCAUGGAAGAAUUUUUGUCUAAGGAUUAGAAAUGCAUUUAUUUUCAAGUAAGAUAAGACUAGUGUGAAUCUUAUUGAUGAAUGACAGAUACUGCUAUUAGGUGAUACCUUUAUCUUCGUUAACUCGUUUCAGUACACCCGUAAGCAUUUCUGACAGUUAGAUCCCUAAGUAGUUUGUUAAGUAUGUCUGUCCUCCCUUACUUUCCCCUCCCUCCCUCCAUCCUCUAGCCCCCAGAGGUCUCUUACUAAUAGAAUUUCUCCAGUUAUAGAGAUAAAUGAUAAUAAAAACUAAACCUCGUUUAUACUAAGGUCCUAUGGACUUUAGGUGUUACUCUUAGGGAUACCUGAAUAUUAAGAGAGGAUAACAGAGCAGACAUAGAAUGGGGAGGAAGAGAUUUGGGGAUAGAGGAUUUGUAGAAGCAUCAAAUUUUAUGACUACUCUCUAGCCCCAAUAUUCCUGGGAAAAUUGACCAUUAAAGCGGUUCUCACUGGCCUCCUUACUUCAUUUUGGUCAGCUGAGUGCCAUGAGGUCAUUUAGUCCUUCUUGUGCUGUUUUGGAGCCAGAAAGCUACAGCGAGAGUACCUCUGCCUGACAGCCUCAGUUUGGACUGGCCUGUGAAAUUAUUUACCUGGUCCUAUAUUUUUUUGUAGGACACAUGGUGGACAUAACACCAUUUAUAAUGAACAUUCCCUGGUACUUAUAUUUUGAGGAAUGUGAGAAGGAGUUGAAUUUAUACAUCUCAAGGAAAGCUAUAUCUGACAAAAACUUCAGAGAAGUAAAAAGCAAGCAGUGUAACCUGUUAGAGCAAGGAAAGCAUUUCUGGCCUCAUCCGUGAAGAGCCUUAGGUCUGUUAUGAUCAUCUUGAUAGGAGUUUAGGAGCUCACAUGAGUUUGCUCUGUGCAGGGGAGUAACGGAAGGUUAAUGCAAGUUUUCUCUUCAACCUUGAGCGAGUGACAUUGCCAAGGGAAGAAGCAGGAAGAACACACUGAUUCAUUUGGAGAAAUCAAAUGCGGUCACGUGGACUCAAAAGGUUAUGAAUCAUCAAAACGUCGUGGCUGAAUGAUGCUUUUUCAAAGGCAGCUGGGAACCUUUCCUACUUGUUACUCAUGCGUACGCAAUAGCUGCGCCAGCAGCCCUUAGAACGGGAGCCCAGGGCUUCAGGUCUGCGUUAGUUCAAGGCUAAGUGAUUCAAAGUGAAGUUUUCAUGCUAGGCACAAGCACUCUAUAAUACAUUAAAUUUCAGCCCAAGCAAUUGGGGAGUGUUUCUUAAACAUUAAGCUUGUAUUUAUGUCACUAAAAUUCUAACACAAAUUUUAAAAACAUGUCUCAUACAUAUGCUGUACUAGGCCUCAUGAUGCAUUUCUAAAUUUGUGUAUGAUUUGAAUAUAUGAAAGAAUUUAUACAAGAGUGUUAUUUAAAAUUAUUAAAAAAUAAAUGUAUAUAAUUUGUACCUAUUGUAGAUUUGCUGUUUUGCUUUUUAAUGUGGUCAAAGUAGUUGGAAGUCUUCGAAUAUAUGUCACAGAUCACUUAUUUUCAAACCACUUCAUGAAAAUCUUUGAACCCUUCAUUUAUUGACCAUGCUUCCUGUUUUAAUAAGUUUCUUUAAAGAAAUAUUUUCCACUUAGAGAACAAAAUGCCACAUGAAGAAGAUUCCCCCAUCUCAGAACAAAACAAAAUACCUUGAAAAAAACAGCAUAUAUUAACAUAUAUUCUUGUCUGUGCUCUUACUUUUCCCAUAUGAGAUCCAUUGAGAUUUCUAUGAAAAUGUUACAGAAAAAAAAAAAAACUUGCUCCUUUUGGAUUUCUUUUUCGUGCAUGUAGAAAAUUCCUUUUCUUUAGAAUAAAUCUGAAGGGAACCA